CCAACUGGUAUAAAUUCGCGCGCAGUUGAUUCCAGUUCCACUGACUUCAACAUGAAGACCUUUCAUCAUGUGUUCGUGAUGUGCGUGGUGGUAUUUCUAGCAUGGGAGGCAGCUGCAGUGGAGGAAACUGUUCAAUUCAAUACUGCACCAGUAUUCGUAUUUGACGCAGACAACCAAAGGCAGACGGUGGAAUCUUGGACGAUUGAAGUGAAAAGAGUGGAAUCAGAAUCAGCCUAUCUAUCUAGGCGUAACGAUAACGAAGGCAAAGAACUUGCUGUUUUCUUCUUCAACAACGAUGCGUUAAAAGGUGAUGACGGAAAAUUCAAGGUUCUAGCUGCAAAGGAGUUCGCAAAAAAUGGUGUUGAAAAUGGUGUUUACUUAAUUGUUCCCAAAGGAGUGCUUUCGGAUGAUUUAAAAAACAAAGAAAAAAUAGGAUCUAAGAAUUAUCUUUGGUUUGACUUGGAAGAUAAGCACAAAGUCGUUGACGUUACCGACAAAGCUUCAUAUGACGCCAGGCAUAACCAGUACAAAGGCAGAAGUAUUUUCACUUUGUUUCUCGACUACGAGCCGGACUGUGUGACAGAGAGCGGCCAGAACUGCCUGGAGAAGAGAAAAGAAGAUACCAUGAUUUGGCUAAGAGACAGGUUCAAAGCUAUGUGUGUCCGGACCGUUCUGCUCGUAGCGAAAGUGAAAGACGUUGGCGAUGAUGUAACAGAGAAGCUCUGUCCACAUCUUGGAAAGCCGUCGCAGUAUCCUGCUUUGUACCACGAAAAAAACUCAAAGUUGAUCGAAAUAAUAGGAUUUAUCUCCUCCAAUGGACGUAAGGCAAAUUACAUUGCUAAGGAUACGUGCUAGCAACGAACAACUACGUGCUAGCAAAGAACGACUACAAGAAAACUGCCGGUGUGUCAUAAAUCAAAUAAAGAAUUGAAUUUCCA